AUGACAGAUGACAUAGUAUACGUGCUAUCUAAACCAAGCUUUAACUGGUGGGAUGGAAUCACUGUUGAUCCGAUUGGUACCGUCACUCGUGGUUGGUUUCCUCCAUCACAUGCAAAAUCCCUUCAGCCAAUUGAGUCCUCCUCUGGCUUUACAGGUUCUCCCUCUUCGUCAAGGCAGCAAUCUCAGACUCGUUCCUACUCCGAACUCAGCGAUUCGCCUCAACAGAACAAUAUCCAUCUUGUUUCCACUGAGGAAAUAGCCUCCUAUUUCCAGACCCCGAACCCCUCAGCCCAGCCUACUUUCGCCUUUACUCCUAUCUGGUUACCUAAGAUUACUCUCGAUGACGAGUUUAUCUUCCAUAAUCAGGCUCUGAAUGUCUAUACCCGGAAUCUACCGCUUUUGCCUAAUGAUUCUAAUUCCGAAAUCCCUCACUUGGAGUAUCCAGAUACAUCCAGGUACGCCUCUGGCUAUUAUACAGUUCCUCUGUCCUUAACGGACUCAGGAUCUGGCCAACAGCAGCGGCAGCAACAGCAACAGCAGCAGCAGCAACAGCAACAGCAGCAGCAGCAGCAAGGACCACCGGAAAGUACCUUUUCGGUUCCUGCUCACUCCAAUACCGUCGAUUUGCUGGCCAAAGAGACGAAAAAGUACGAUAGUCUGGCAAGAUAUCGUCCUACAGACUUCUACUUGGCUCCUGCUGAUAUCACCAACUGGAGUUCUCUCAACGGUUUCUUUAAGAAGUCCCUCGAUUCAGCUGUAGAAGCUCUAACCAAGUCUGAUAAUGCUUCUUUUCGUCUUCGAGUUAACUCGGUGUCGUCUACUGUUGCAAUAUAUCAAAUGAUUGUCAGAAUGCUUGCUGAAGUCUUGAAUACUGACGGUCCAUCCGAAGAGAUCUCAUCGCUUCUUAAGAAGCUCACCUCAUCUUUGGUCCAGUUCAUUAUUAAUGGUAAUAUUCAUUUAAUGACGGUUAAAUCUCAGCCUACUCCUUCAGACGAUGAUGAACUUGAAUAUAUCGGUGAUGAUGAGGGUGAAACUCCUUUACAUCCACGUCCUUCCACCACAUCCUAUGAAUCUGUUACCUCUGAUUCAUCCAUUUCUUCUGCCUUAGCUUACCUACAUCAAGCCCAAAAGGAUGCUUCUAAGAUGCUGAAACGGGCCUUGCUUAUCAGUGAUGCCUUUCUCAACCUCAAGACUCCCUACAUUGAUGAUACUCGUAAUAUACCGAUCAUCUAUACUAGGUUUCUUCGCAAUAAAUUCGAGGCUGGAAAUUUCAGUAACCAAUUUGUCAACGAAAACGAUAAUUUGGCCAACGAUGAACAUCCAAAGUCCACCAUUUUACUCGAUGAUGACGUGGUGAAAAGAUUGGAGCAUGAGGCAUCUAAAAUUAACCAUCUUUUGGACAAGACUAGAGAUGUAUUAGAUGGAAGCACACCCAGUUCCAUUCCUUACCCAUUGUACUUGAAAGACAGAAAUCUCAACAUUCUUACACUGGUAUAUCAUUGUAUACCACUUAUGACGAAGUACAUCGAGACGAUAGAAUCUAUUGACUUUACCUUGUUCAGUAUGAUCACUCGUCUGGCUCAGCGUGGAGAAGAGACGUCAGCUGAGAGUGCAACUGGGUCAGAUGAUGCUGUCAACAGCUUUACCAGCGAAGAGGAUCCCAAUCGGGGGUUCUACGAAACUACGUCACGAAAUCUGCAGCCUUUGUUGGAUGAAUUUCUGCAAUUAAAGCAGGAGAUUCACUCAGUUCUCUCUGGGUUGGUACUAGAUUGUCAGUUAUUGACGGCGUACGACCCCGAAGCAUUUCGUUCGUUUAGUACGGAAGCAGAAAAAGAGGAGGCAGAGUCUGGUAAGAGCGAUCCCCGGUAUCGAAGCUUGAAAGCCGAGAAGUUUGCCAGAGGUCUUCGAACUGUGCUCAAAAAUAAGGAUAACUUAAUCUAUAACCACGAUCUAUAUCUACACGAACCUAGUUGGAAAGUGAGGUCCAGUUUGAAGAUCAUUCCUGAUAAGCUGUCGUUAAUGAUUGCAUCUGUGGGACAAUUAAAGGAUCAGAGACAGUCGAUCUUGAACUACUGUUCGAGGUUGAUGGACACAGAUUUCAACAUUGCCUCUAUAUUCAUUGCGGAGAGACAUAAUACAAUGGUUUCUGCAAUGAGUCAAUCCGAGUAUUAUUAUGGUCAUAACAAGUCGUCUGAUUCAGAUCAGUUACCGUGGUUUUUGGAUAUGGACGAUGAUGAGAAGGAGCUAAUUUACGAUCCAAAUGGACUUAAGGGAGGUCCUGUAAAGGCAUUAGUGUCAAAGCUUGUGGACCCUAUAAGAAAGAACGAGCCUGCCUUUGCCGAUACGUUCAUGCUGAUGGCAAGAACGUUUACUACACCGGAAGGGUUGUUUGAAAUUUUACUGGACAAAUUCAAUCUGGAGAUGCCAGAAGCUCUAAGCUACGAAGAGUAUGGAAUCUGGAUAGAACAGAAACAACAUCCGCAGCAACAGAAUGUUCUGGCCGUGGUAGAGAGACUCUUCAGACAAUACUGGAACGUUAACUACAAUACAGAAGGUAUGAAGAAGGAAUGGAAGAAAUGGUGUAGCGACUCUCACGUUCAGGAAGACUUGGCUGAGCUGGGUAACUUGGUUCUUGAAUUCAAGUAUCAAAAGGAUUAUGUUGUAGCUCUUAACACUGAUGAUGCUCCUCAUUAUGGGCAGAAGGUGACUCCCGUUCCCAAAGUAUUGACGCCAGAGAUCAAGCAAAUACGUUUGCACAACCUGAAAAUUGAUGAGGUGGCGAAACAGAUUACUCUUCUUCAAGAGUCGUUUUUCUGCCGGAUCAGUCGGACGGAAUUAUUCGCAAGGUCAUACAAUUUCAACAAGAUCUUCCAGAAGAAUGAUGCAAUCAGUACGAAGAGUAUUGGCGAUUUCAUUCGAAAUUGCAACCAGUUGACUCACUUUGUCAUUUAUAUGGUUCUUCGACAAGGGGAUAUUAUUGAAAGAGUAGCUACUAUCAAAUACUUUGUGUUAUUGGCAGAAAAGCUACUGGAGUUGAAGAACUUCUCCAGUAUGACAGCAGUCAUCUCUGGCUUGGGAUCAACGGCCAUAAGUCGAAUGAAGACUACAUGGUCAUUAGUACAUAAGGAUAUCAUGAGUCAGUUUAAAAAGAUGGACAAUUUGAUGUCUAUUGGAAAAAACUAUGGAGAGUACAGAAACAUGCUGAAGUUUAUUGCAGACGAUGGAGAUCCUUGUCUUCCAUUUUUGGGAAUGUAUCUAUCAGAUCUACGAUUCACCACGGACGGUAAUUCCGACUAUAUUCACGAAGAUAAAAGUCUAGUGAACUUCAGCAAGCGUGCAGCUAUCUGUAAAAUCGUCCAUGAAGUGAUGCAAUUCGGCAGAAGAAAGUACACUUUUGCCGGCGAUGAUAAAACGGUGGCCUAUCUUUUGGUGAUGUUCAACAACCUUCCGAACGACGAGAUGCUAUACGAGAUGUCACUUAAGUGGGAGCCAAGGGUGAGUUUAUUGAACGAGGAGCAAACUGCCGCAUCAUCUCAAAAGCACGGCAACUCUGGCGGAUCCACGAGUCGUCGUAAUAAGACGAGAUCCAGUGGAGGAACGUCAGUGUUUUCCAGGGUCACUCAGGCUGCCAAGAAAAUUAACUCUACCACUGGAUCUACCACGAGGAGUAGUAGAAGCAGUAGAAAGAGGUACAGUCCAAGAGCAGCGUACGGAAUCUAG